CUCCAAUAACAACCUCCCUCCAAUAACAACCCCCCUCCCUCCAAUAACAACAAUGCACUCCCGCGAAAUCAUCGCUCUCGAACACGCACACUCCGCCCACAACUACCACCCCCUCCCCAUUGUCUUCGACUCCGCAAAAGGCGCAACAGUCACCGACCCAGAAGGCAAAGAAUACCUCGACUUCCUCUCCGCCUACUCCGCCGUCAACCAAGGCCACUGCCACCCGCGAAUCAUCAAUGCCUUGGUGACACAGGCGCAGAAGCUCACGUUGAGCAGUCGUGCGUUUCAUUCGUCCACGUUCGGCCCGUUCGCCGCGUUCGUGACAAAGUUGUUUGGGUACGAGAGCGUGUUGCCGAUGAACACCGGUGCCGAGGCCGUCGAGACUGCCAUCAAACUCGCGAGACGUUGGGGUUACCUGGUCAAGAAGAUUCCGGAGAAUAAGGCUAUCGUCUUCUCCGCCCGGGAUAACUUCCACGGCCGCACCCUCGGCGUAAUCUCAAUGUCAACAGACCCCGACUCAACCACAAACUUCGGCCCCUACCUCCCCGCCGUCGGUCCUACCUGUCCCGAGGGAUGCUGCUCAAUCAACUACGACUCAAUCCCCGACCUCGAAUCCGCAUUCUCCAAACACGGCCCCGAAAUCGCAGCGUUCUUGGUCGAACCAAUCCAAGGCGAGGCUGGGAUUAGGGUCCCACACAGCACCUACCUCCCCCGCGUCCGCGAGUUGUGCACGCGGUACAACAUCCUCCUCAUCUGCGACGAGAUCCAAACCGGAAUCGCGCGUACAGGCCGAAUGCUAGCUUCCGACCACGCCUCCAUCCGUCCCGACCUCGUUCUCCUCGGAAAAGCAGUCUCGGGAGGCGUGUACCCGGUGUCAUGCGUGCUCGCUGAUCGGAAUAUCAUGGAUUGUUUCGAACCCGGAUCGCAUGGAUCGACGUAUGGGGGCAACCCACUCGGGUGUGCGGUGGCGAUGGAAGCUCUCCAAGUCGUGCUAGACGAGAAGUUGUGUGAGCGUGCGGAUCGUCUGGGUACGCACUUCCGUAAUCGGCUCCGCGCGGCUCGGUCCCCACUUAUCGCAGAAAUCCGCGGUAUGGGAUUGUUGAACGCGAUCGUCAUCGAUGAGAGUAAGACGAACGGCAAAACGGCGUGGCAGUUUUGUUUGUUGUUGAAGAGUCGUGGGGUGCUCGCGAAACCGACACAUGUGAACAUCAUCCGCUUGGCGCCGCCGUUGGUCAUCGGAGAGGAGGAGAUGGAGAGGGGUCUUGAUGUCAUCAUUCAGUGUUUGGAGGAGUUUCCGUUGGAUGAGUACGUUCCGGGAGAGGAGAACUAAAUCAUCCCAACUUGUGUGGAGGAGGUCAUAAGAGGAGUGUAUGACAUACAACUGUGAAUACGCGUGACGAACGACGAAAGGGGGACGGAGGACACACCUCAACCCAAUAUCUGGUUUUUUUAAGCAUCAAACAACACCGCACGCGACCCCCCGAUCUCGUCUCAACCCUAGACCGAAGGUCCGAGAUCAUCUACAACCAACUGGCGUUUUACAUUCAACUGCAUUUUCCAUGUAGCAUGCUCCGUCUCCACGUAGACCGAAGGUCCGGAGUUUUUUGUCUGACAGCGUGAUGAC